UGUGCCGUGUCGCGUAGCAGCCGGGACGCGGAGACGCCGCCAUGGCGGACGCGGACGCGGACGCGGACACGAGGGAGCGGGCCCGGGAUGCCGCCGCGGCCGGCGCUGAGGAGACCGUGAAGAUCAUCUGCCUGGGGGACAGCGCCGUGGGCAAGUCCAAGCUGCUGGAGAGGUUCCUGCUCGACGGCUUCCGCCCCCAGCAGCUCUCCACCUUCGCCCUGACGCUCUACAAGCACCGCGCGCAGCUGGACGGGCGGCCGGUGCUCGUGGACUUCUGGGACACAGCUGGACAGGAGAGGUUCCAGAGCAUGCAUGCAUCCUAUUACCAUAAGGCUCAUGCCUGUAUCAUGCUGGUUCUUUUUUGGAAGGUGUUUGAUGUGCAGCGGAAAGUCACCUACAAGAACCUCAACAGCUGGUACAAGGAGCUGAGGGAAUUCCGCCCAGAGAUCCCCUGCAUUGUGGUGGCCAACAAAAUUGAUGCGGACAUGAAGGUGACCCAGAAAAGCUUCAACUUUGCCAGGAAGUUCAAUUUGCCCUUUUACUUUGUGUCUGCUGCAGAUGGCACCAACGUAGUCAAGCUCUUCAAUGAUGCCAUCAAACUGGCAGUUGCUUACAAACAGAACUCAGGAGAUUUCAUGGACGAGGUCAUGCGAGAGCUGGAGAGCUUUGACCUGCACAAGAGAGAGGAUUUCUCGGAUAAAGAGGAGAGCUGCCCUGAAGAGAAGCCCCCAUCUGCCUAAGCCCUGGCCCCUGACUCUGCCUCUCCCUCUGCUCUAGGUUUCUGGAGCUAGCUAGAGUUGGCAUUCAUAGAGGAAAGUGAUUUUCCUCAUGCCCUGGGAGCUCUGGUGAUGGGCAGCUGGGACUCUCCCCUGCUUAUGGGAGGUUGCCUGGGCAUGACCUUCCUUGCCUGGGCCCCAGCCACUGCACAUCCCAGUCCAGGGAAGGACCAGUGUCCGUGUGGGUGGCUGUUACUGGUAGUUACUGCCUGCUGCUUCCAGGCAGAGCUUGCCAGGAAAGCCAAUCCACUCUUGGACCUGCAGGGAAGGGUCCUGCCCAGAUGCUUUAACGGUAGCUACUGGAGAAAACAAACACUAAAGAAUGUUUUUAUGAA